AUGUCGCAGGUGGGGUGGUCCAAGUGCAAUGUCGAUGCUGGAAAUAUGGCAGGGCUUGGUGUGGGGGUUGGGGCGGUGUGUAGAGACGAUCGAGGAGAGUUGCAGGGGUGUGGUAUGAUGCAGCAAAGAGUGGGCUGGGAGAUGCGAGUCACGGAAGCUCGGGUGGUAGUAGAAGGGGUGCGGUUGGCAAAGAAACUCGGUGCUAGUAAGCUUGUCGAGAGUGAUUGCCUCCAAGUUAUUUCUUCUCUCACGUCAAAGUCUGUUGGUGCUAGUGCUUUUUGUUUGAUUAUUGAUGACAUUCUUGAUUCUGUUAAGCAUUUUGAUGUAGUUGUGUGGUCUUUUAUUAAGCGUGCGGGAAAUCAGGUAGCUCAUAUGAUGGCUCAUCUCCAACCUAUGGAGUAUGACUAUAGAUGUUGGGUUGACAAUUUUCUGGACACUAUUAAUCGCUAUGCGGAGUUUGAUAUAUUGAAGUAG